UGCUUUCUUGCGGUGGUCGCUGCUGCUACUCGCGAUGGCGGCCCUGGCAGCGCUGCUCUUGGUGACGUCCGUGGAAGGCCGAAGCGCCAAGAUGCAGUGGCCGCGGUUCGCGUACUGCAUCAGCCGGAAAGCGGGCCCAUUGCUGGCUACGCCCAGUGGACGCUGUGCCUCCAGAAAGAUGCGCGGACAGUUCAAUGCCAUGAAAGCAGCAAACUGCGUGAAUUGCGACAAGUAUUUCCAUUGCAUGGCCAACUGGCUGGCGAUUCACAAGUGCAAGGGACGGUUCAAACGGAAAGUUGCCACAGUCAUCAGCUACUGCAGGGAGUACUCGCAGCGUGAACCCCCAGCUCAAAGACGUGGGGAUGAGGCCGCAAACCGAUAUGGCCGGUCCGGAGGAAACUGCGCUGCGCGCUAUUUACGACGAAACAAAUGCGCCUACAAGCCGAAAACGAAGCAGUGCAAGUGGUGAACGCGGAAGUCUCUCGCCAGGGAAGACUGAGGCGACUCGCUUCUUCGUCCAUAACAAUGUGUGUUCCUGUCAGAACCCUCAUAAAUACGUUUGAGCAGAAUAAACGAGGGAAAGAGCGUAAACGUAUACCUGUAGGUCAACUUA